GCAAGAUAAAUUGAUGUAAAUCAGAUAUUUGGGACACGUAUACUGAUACUUUCAUAACGCAUAGAUAAUGAUUUUUUAUCUAUUUCUGGCAAAUUCCUAAUGAUUCUUGAUUUUCGAUUCGAUCGUAUCGGCCACCAACAUGAAGCGUUUGCCGAUUUUCAUCGCCCUCAUCGCUCUCAGCCUAGCGGACGACAUCAAUCCGAGGAAAUUCCCCAAAACGUUCAAGCUGGGCGUCGCCAACGCGGCGCCCCAAAUCGAAGGAGGAUGGAACGAAGACGGCAAAGGCGAGACCAUUUGGGACCGCUUCGCCCACAAACACCCGGAGAAAAUCGCCGACAGAUCCACCCCGGACGUCGCCUGCGACUCCUACCACAAAUACAAAGAAGACAUAGCCCUGAUCAAAGCCAUGGGCUUGGAUCACUACAGGUUGUCCAUCGCUUGGUCGCGAGUACUACCCACCGGCUACACCGAUAAAGUCAACAAGGCCGGCGUGGAGUACUACAAAAACGUAUUCAAAGAGCUGAAAGAGAACGACAUCAAACCGAUGGUGACCUUGUACCACUGGGACCUCCCGCAGCCGUUGCAGGACCAAAUGAACGGCUGGUUGAACGAGUCGAUCGUCGAUGUAUUCGGCGACUACGCCAAAUUCGCGUUCGAAACCUUCGGCGACGACGUCGACUGGUGGAUCACCGUCAACGAGCCCAAGCAGGUGUGCCAGAGCGGCUACGGCACCGGCGGCUACGCGCCCGGCGUCGUCGGCAGCGGAGUCACCGACUACUCCUGUGCCAGAAACAUCCUUCUGGCCCACGCCAGGGCCUGGCACAUCUACAACGAGCUCUACCGCUCGAAGAACAAGGGCAAGGUGGCCAUCGUGGUGGACGCGUCCUGGUCGGAGCCCGGCAGCGACUCGGACGCCGAUCGGGCGGCCGCGGAGAGGGCGACGCAGUUCGAGGUGGGGCUGUACGCGAAUCCGGUGUUCAACGGGGAUUGGCCGGAGGUGGUGAAGCGGCGCGUCGCCGAAAGGAGCAAGAUGGAAGGGUACGAGGAGUCCAGGUUGCCGGCUUUCAGCGAAAGGGAGAUCGCUUACUUGAAAGGCACGUCGGAUUAUUUGGCGUUGAAUACCUAUUCGACGAUGAUGGUGAGCGCUGCCGGGGAAGCGCCGUUGACUGCGAGUUUCGAGCACGACAAGAACGUGAGGUAUUGGGCCGAGCCCGAUUGGCCCAAGGACGGACCUUGGUGGUUCUACGAUCUACCGUGGGGAUUGAGGAAAUUCCUCAAUUGGUUAAAACGCACCUACAAUAACCCCGAAAUUGUUGUAACCGAAAACGGUUAUGUUACCGGCGAUGAUACGUUAGAAGAUGAUAAAAGGAUUCACUAUUUUCGCGGCUACCUAAGCGCCUGUUUGGACGCCAUUUACAAAGAUAACGUUAACUUGACCGCCUACACCGCUUGGAGUAUCAUGGAUGAUUGGGAAUGGACAGGCGGAUACACAUCCUUCCUGGGCUUGUACAAAGUCAAUUUCACCGACCCGGAGAGGCCGAGGAUCAAACGGAAAUCCGCCGAUUUCUUCGCCGGCGUCGCCAAAAAUCGAUGUUUGCUCGAUCCAUCCGAAUGCAUCGAUUAAAACACCAGACGACGCGCAUUACCAAGUAUAAUAAGCGAAACUAUUAACGAAAUUUUCUCACAAACACACCGCCAUUAUUCACCCGGACUCAUCCGAGCAUACCAAAUCGCCGUAUACAGUAUACACCCUCGAAAUAAUCAUAAUAAUAAACACACCAAGGGUAACUACCAUCAUCUACGGAGAGAUUCCAUUGUGACUCGGUGAUAAACGGCAUUCCUUUGUACACGCAGAAAAAUCGUUUGUACCAAUAAAUAUAUAUUUGCUUGUAUACCAAUAAAAUUGUUGUUUUAA